AUGCCAUCACCUACUUCGCCAACGCCUGCUGCAGGUCUCUCGCAACUGCAAGCUUUAUGGAAUGCUGCUAGUGGUCAGAACGGGGUCUUCCACUCUGAGAAGAUCAAGUUAACAAUGCACCGAGAUGAAAUCGGUGUUGGCACGACAGCGACUGAAGUGCGAUUUGGGUCACGGGAAGGUCGUACACUCUACUCUGUGUCUCCUUCGGAUGCGUCGAGCGAGCUUACGGUUCGUCGGCAUCAUCCAGCUAGAACUGGCAUUGUGCCUGUCGCUCAAUUGGACGUAGCAGCCCUUCAGAAGGACGCAAAGAACGAAACGACCAUUUUCCCACAACAAGCAGCACUCAACGCACUGGAAGCAGUAGCCACGACGCAUAGAGCCAAUGCUAUCGCACAGUAUGAUCCUCGAGCAUCAUCACCACAAGCUGCACAACUAGCGUUCGAUGCAGUGGCCGAAGCCAAAGCGCACGAGUCUUGUCAACUUGUCAAGAUCUCUCAAGGCGUCAAUGCAUAUGGCAUUGAAGAACACAGCUAUGAGCUACGACAUGCACGCGCCGGAACCUUCACCAUCUCGAUUGAUGGCGCAUUCGACUUUGCGACACGAAGCAAUACAAAGAUCUGCCUGUACCAGCCAACGAGUGCGGAGAAACCACUGGCCAAGCCUCCUAAGCUUGUUUGCCUUGACCUCAGUACAGAGACGCUGGAAGUCGACGUGGCCUCGUUCCGAAGACUACAGAGCAAGUAUAUGAUUGACAACACGAUAUGUGCCGUUCUGGCUGUUGGGUUUGCGGAAAGCACACUGGCCGAGAUCAAAGCAAAGGCAGAGACGUUUGCAGCACCGCCGCAAAGUUCCAAGAAGAGCAUUGAAGUUCAGAAGAAAGUAAAGACCAGCCGCUGGCGGCGAUGCAAGAAGAAUGGCAAGAAGGAUGUCGCGGUUGGANAAGGGAAGCUGCCAAGCGUGACCCGGGGUAUAUUGUUUUUGCUUGGGUUCUCGUUUGAGGCGAUAGUAUGGCUGCUUGGAUUGGGAGUCAAGGCGCUGAGCAAAGUUAUCGUUUGUGCCAGCGGGAUUGUUAGCAAGAAGUGA